AUGGAAUCAAUAAUAGCUGUAUUAAUUGGACAAUCUCAUAUUCAUUUCUUCAGAGAGAAUACAAUGUAUUUUUUUUUAUCUCUUGCUUGUAAUACCUGGUGCUUUAAUUUGAAUAAACAUUCAUUGCAAGUAAAUUUUAUUAAACUGUUUUAGAAAAUAUUUUGGCCGUACUUUCUAAUGUAUUAUGUAUAGGAACAGACAGUUUUUUUUUAUAAGUGUCAAUGUACAGUUACAAAUACGUGUAAUUAGUAAAAUGACAAGUUAACUCUGAUUUUUUUCAUAUCAAAAUAAUAAAUUUUUUUCUUAGUUAUCCAUUGUUAUUGGAUCAUUUAUCUUCUUUUAAUAAAAGAAAAAGAGUAAAUAGAUUGGUUGAAACUUUUAUUAAAUCUAGGAAAAUGCUAAAAUAUAUAACAGUAUAGCAACUAUUAUUACACUGAAUAUUUCUUAUUGCAGAUUAUAAUUACCAAUUCACAGCAUCUCAUGUUGCACUUGCUCAUGUUUGCUCAACUUCGCAAAGAUACUUACGACUGUCUGUCCUUAUGAGUAUCUUUUGAAGUACAGUGGAAGUAAUAAUCUGUUAAUUUUACUCAAAGGAGGAUGCCAGUAACUAAACGUAUUCUAUACUUUUCGCGAUCUGACGGCGGUAGCCAAAGUCCAUUACUUGUGGAAGAAGAAGAAUCAGUUGGUGCACCUCACAGUCCACGCAGCAAACAUAAUCACAAUUGUACACAUGCUAACCCUCAUAGGUCCCAUAGUUAUCGCCAUGAGAAACCAAAACAGUUAAUAAAAUAUGGAGAAUUAGUUAUUCUUGGUUACAAUGGAUUCCUCCCACAAGGAGAUAGAGGAAGAAGAAGAAGUAAGUUCGUUUUGUUUAAACGGCCUGUACCGAAUGGUGUGAAACGCAGUAAACAUUACAUCGUUAAAACACCCCAUAGUUCACAAGCUAUUCUUAAUACAAAGCAACAUUCGAUAUCGUAUACUCUUUCUCGAACCCAAGCCGUUAUUGUGGAGUAUACCGAAGAUGAAGAAACUGAUAUGUUUCAGGUUGGACGUUCUUCUGAAUCUCCUAUCGAUUUUGUCGUCAUGGACACAUGUGCAGGCGGUAGCAGCGGCGAUGGUUCUAACGAGGGACGUGUUGCUCAAAGUACAAUUAGUAGGUUUGCCUGUCGAAUUCUCGCCGACCGAUCAGACCCUACGAUUGCGAGAAUAUACGCUGCAGGUUUCGACAGUUCGAGAAAUAUCUUCUUAGGGGAAAAAGCAACAAAAUGGCAAGAAAAUCGUGAAAUCGAUGGACUCACGACAAAUGGCGUUUUAAUAAUGCAUCCACGGGGACAGUUCUGCGGCGGUGAAGCGCAAUGUGGUUUCUGGAGGGAAGUCAGCGUAGGCGGAGGUGUUUUUUCGCUAAGGGAAAGUCGAAGUGCCCAACAAAAGGGAAACGUCGUAGAAGAUGAGAAUAAUAUUUUGCAAGAUGGAACUUUAAUCGAUCUCUGUGGUGCCACGUUACUUUGGAGAUCGGCCGAAGGUCUAGCAAAGUCACCAACAAAGCACGAUUUGGAAGAACUGGUCGACGCUAUAAAUGCGGGAAGACCACAAUGUCCAGUUGGUUUAAAUACACUAGUUAUACCACGUAAAGCAGCUGCCGAUUCAACGCAACAGCAACCGUAUGUUUAUUUAAAAUGUGGACAUGUACAAGGUCUCCACGAUUGGGGUCAAGAAAAAGACAAAGCCACAAAAAGAUGCCCAAUGUGUCUAGUAGCUGGUGCAGUAGUUAAACUCUCUAUGGGUAUCGAACCUGCAUUUUACGUUGAUAGUGGCCCGCCUACUUAUGCAUUUAGGCCUUGUGGACACAUGGCUACAGAGAAAACUGUUAAAUAUUGGGAGAAAGUUGCAAUUCCACAUGGUACAAAUGGUUAUAUUGCAAUUUGUCCGUUCUGCGCAGUCCCUCUCGAAGGAACGCCAGGAUACGUUAAACUGAUUUUCCAAGAUAAUGUAGAUUGAGAUUCGUUUAUUGUAAGGUCGUGAGUAUGUGUAGAAACUAUUAACUUCUUAUAAAGUGCAAGGACUACCGAAAUUAAUAAAAUGUAAAUAAUCUUAAUGCGAUAUAUGUAUAUAUAUAUAUAUA